AUGGGGAUGGCUAAGCUUUAUUGUUUUGCACUGGUCCUUGUCUUGGUCUUUGGCUUAAGCAGCUCCAUGAGGGUGCCUGGUGUGAAAAAGCACUACGUGAAAUUUAUCAACAAUCUCAACAACAAAGUACUUAAUGUCAACUGUAAAAAUCAGAAACCUUACAUUGAUCUGAACCUUCACAUUCUUCUACCCAAGGAGGAGUACGAAUUCAAUUACAUUAUUGGACGAGACAUGGCUUUCAGCUGUAACCUUCGACAUGGGUUUACAAGCACAGACUUCCCUAUAAGUGAUAGAGCAAUCAAAAGAGAAUGUGGUGGAAACCAUUGCAUUUGGAAAGCACAAGAUGAUGGAGUUUACCUACUCAACCGAAAAACGAAUCAGUACAAGUACAAGUACAGAUGGGAUAAGUGA